CCCCAUUACUCAUAUUAAUAAAGUUACACUUUACUUGCUUACUUCCCUCCCUGCCUUGUGUUUGUAUAAAUUUCAAAACCAAACUUCAUCAUCAAUAUACAUUAAAAAGCUCAAAACUUUAUGAAGGAAAUCAUGGCUUCAUCACUUGUACCCUCCUCUUGCUUAAAUGGGUCUCUUCUAGUUCCAUCAAUUAGGCCUAAGAUUCUCACUCAAAGGACACCAACUCAACACUUUUGUCAUUCAAGAAUCAAACCCAACAAAGCUCAAAACUUCUGUCCAAAGGCUACAACUUUGAGAAGGAAUUUAGAGACAACCAGAGUGCCAAUUUCUGUCCCAGUUAGAGUUGCUCAUGAGCUUUUACAAGCUGGCCACCGCUACUUGGAUGUUAGGACCCCUGAAGAAUUCAGUGCAGGACAUGCCCCUGGUGCUGUUAACAUCCCUUACAUGUACAGAGUUGGUUCAGGGAUGACAAGGAACCCUCAUUUUGUAGCAGAAGUAUCAUCACAUUUCAGAAAGCAAGAUGAAAUCAUUGUUGGAUGUCAAAGUGGAAAAAGGUCUAUGAUGGCUGCAACUGAUCUUUUAGCUUCUGGCUAUACUUACAUUACUGACAUAGCUGGUGGAUUUGCUACUUGGUCUCAUAAUUCACUACCAAUGGAAUAGUUUGAACAAGUAAUAAUAAUAAUAACAUUAUAAUGGAAGAAGAAGAAGAUGAAUGUGUUUCAAUGGGGUUGUUGUUGUUACAUAAAUUGUAUUUAAACUUAAAGUUAGUAUAAGAAGAAAAAUGUGGGUAAGUAUGAAAAAAAAAUGAAAAAAAUUUCUAUUACAAA